UACCCGAAGCUCAGCAGGCGCACGGGGCCCCCCGUCAUCGUCUCCACCAUGGCAUCACCUGAACCAAGUAUUCGCCCUCAAAUCAUGAACGGCCCCAUGCACCCCCGGCCCCUGGUGGCACUGCUGGACGGGAGGGACUGUACGGUGGAGAUGCCCAUUUUGAAGGACUUGGCGACGGUUGCAUUCUGUGACGCACAAUCAACUCAGGAGAUUCACGAGAAGGUAUUAAAUGAAGCUGUCGGGGCGAUGAUGUACCACACCAUCACACUGACUCGAGAAGAUCUAGAGAAGUUCAAGGCCUUACGGGUCAUUGUUCGAAUAGGCAGUGGCUACGACAACAUUGACAUCAAAGCCGCGGGGGAGCUUGGGAUUGCCGUCUGCAACAUCCCCUCGGCCGCCGUGGAGGAGACGGCCGACUCCACCGUCUGCCACGUCCUCAACCUUUACCGGCGAAACACGUGGCUCUACCAGGCGCUGCGGGAAGGCACGCGGGUGCAGAGCGUGGAGCAGAUCCGGGAGGUGGCCUCCGGCGCCGCCCGCAUCAGAGGGGAGACGCUUGGCCUCAUUGGCUUCGGUCGCACUGCGCAGGCAGUCGCUGUCCGAGCCAAGGCGUUUGGCUUCAAUGUGAUAUUUUAUGACCCAUACCUACAGGAUGGGAUAGAGAGGUCCCUGGGAGUCCAGCGGGUCUACACGCUCCAGGACCUGCUCUAUCAGAGCGACUGUGUCUCGUUGCACUGUAACCUUAAUGAACAUAACCAUCACCUUAUCAACGACUUCACGAUUAAGCAGAUGAGGCAGGGAGCGUUCCUGGUGAACACGGCGCGUGGGGGGCUGGUGGACGAGAAGGCCUUAACUCAAGCCCUGAAGGAGGGACGGAUACGAGGGGCUGCACUUGACGUGCACGAGUCGGAACCGUUUAGUUUUGCUCAAGGCCCAUUGAAAGAUGCUCCUAAUUUAAUCUGUACUCCGCACACCGCUUGGUACAGCGAGCAGGCGUCACUAGAGAUGAGAGAAGCUGCUGCUACUGAAAUCCGGCGUGCGAUCACAGGGCGCAUCCCAGAAAGCCUAAGGAACUGUGUGAAUAAGGAAUUCUUUGUCACAACAGCUCCGUGGUCAGUAAUAGAUCAGCAAGCAAUUCAUCCAGAGCUCAAUGGUGCCACGUACAGGUAUCCACCUGGGAUGGUCAGCGUCGCACCGGGAGGAAUACCGGCAGCUAUGGAGGGCAUCAUUCCCGGAGGCAUCCCCGUUACCCACAAUCUUCCCACAGUGGCACAUCCUUCCCAAGCUCCAUCUCCUAACCAGCCCACAAAACAUGGGGACAACAGGGAACAUCCCAACGAGCAAUAGCAGAUAAUUUAAAAAAAAAAUAAUCAUUCAAUAAACUUGGGACCAAGAGACAUUG